GACUCACCGCCGCAGGCGAUGUUUUUAACCUGACGUGUGGGUUGCAAUCCUACAGUCACGGAACCUAUAUCCCUUCCGUAUCGUUUCGGAACGUGUGAGCUGUUACAACUUGUCUUCACGUGUGGCCACUCCCUCGCGAAAAGCAGGUGUCCGGGCAGCACAAAUGCGUCCAUUUUGCUCCCCUCUGCCCCCCUCUCGGCCACUCCCGGACGGAGAAGCCAGGCAAAAACCAGGCCGUCUGAAUUCUCCCUCCAGCCUGAGCUCCCUCGCAAGUCUCCUCCCUCCGCCCUGCCCAGGGCUGCCGACCCGCCAGCUCUCUCCGGCUCAGCUCGGUCCCGCUCCGCCCCUUUCUGACGUUCGCCUUUGCAACCAUGUCGGCGGCAGCGCGCAGACGUCAGGCGGCUGGCGUGCAAGGAGAAACCCCCGCCGCCGCCUCAGAAGUGCCAGCCCCCACUCGCGGAGAUGAGGAGCCGGGCAUGGCGGCGGCCCCGAGCCUCACCGUCUGCCUCAAGCUGCUGGCGGCUGCCUUCUACGGCUUCAGCUCUUUCCUCAUCGUGGUGGUUAACAAGAGCGUCCUCACCAGCUACGGAUUUCCUUCUUCGCUGUGUGUGGGACUGGGCCAGAUGUUGGCUACAGUGGUUGUCCUCUGGGUGGGAAAGGCACUCAGGGUGGUGAAGUUUCCAGACUUUGACAGAAAUAUACCUCGUAAGACAUUUCCACUACCUCUUCUCUAUUUUGGGAACCAAAUCACGGGACUGUUCAGCACAAAGAAAUUGAACCUGCCAAUGUUUACAGUCCUGAGGCGGUUUUCCAUUCUGUUUACAAUGUUUGCAGAAGGAAUCUUACUCAAGAAGAAAUUUUCUUGGGGAAUUCAAAUGACAGUAUUUGCAAUGAUAAUUGGUGCAUUUGUAGCUGCAAGUUCUGAUCUGGCAUUUGAUCUGGAAGGUUACGUUUUCAUUUUGAUCAAUGAUGUCUUGACAGCUGCAAAUGGUGCAUAUGUGAAACAGAAACUAGAUUCAAAGGAGCUGGGAAAGUAUGGUCUCCUUUAUUAUAAUGCACUGUUCAUGAUUCUUCCUACCUUGGCCAUUGCCUGUUUUACAGGAGAUGUGCAAAAGGCAAUGGAAUACAAAGGAUGGGCAGACACCCUCUUCCUUAUACAGUUUACACUCUCAUGUGUUAUGGGGUUUAUUCUGAUGUAUUCCACAGUACUUUGCACUCAGUAUAACUCUGCUCUUACAACAACAAUAGUAGGUUGCAUUAAGAAUAUCUUAAUAACCUACAUAGGAAUGUUCUUUGGUGGAGAUUAUAUUUUCACAUGGACAAAUUUUGUAGGAUUAAACAUCAGUAUUGCUGGAAGCCUGGUGUAUUCUUUCAUCACCUUUACAGAAGAGCAAAAGAACAAGCAGUCUGAAGCCAGCAUCAAGAUGGACAUUAAAGGGAAAAGCUCUGUAUGACAAAAGGGUUGCUUACUGAAAGUAACUCUUGCAUUGCAGCAGUGAUUGCUGAUAAAUCAGUAGAUAUUGCAGUAUCUAUGAAUGGAAUUGUAUUGGGGACCUUGCGUAUGCACAGUCUGAAGAAUGAUACCUUUUUAAAACAAUUAGAUAUGCAGGUGAAGAGUUCAUACUAGGCUGCAAGGAAAAAUAUUUCUUAAAUAUAUCUUGCACCAUCGGUGCAAAAAAUACUUUAAGUGCUACCGUAUCAGUAAUCGCAAGUAAACAAAAGCUACUGGGGUCCUAAAUAUUUCAGAAUCAACCAAGUUUACUGGGCAAACACAAACAGAUUUCACUUGCUAAAAAAGCCUGAUUGAAAUUGCAGUUUCUCAGAAAUUUCUUAAAUUGAUAUUGGUGAAAUGGAGUUCAGCAUAAGUUUCUUAUCCAUAUUGUACAGCCUGGGAAGGUAUGAUGUGUGUGUGGGGGGGGAACUAUUGGCAAGGGAAAGAGAUAACCAAGCUAUCUUCUCUGCAGAUGAAAUCGCCCAGACAAAUUCUGGGGACUCACCUAUGCUGUUACUCUCAAUAAUUUUUCUUCACAUAUUUAAGCACUUGAGUAGCAUUAAUGUUGAGAUUUUGGUCUUUACGUGCCGUUCCAGGCAAUGCUUUCAUGAAGAAACAAGAAAUGCAAACCUUAGUGUUAAGGUUUUUAAUGUUACACCUUGCUUAUAAGUUUUCACUUGAUUAGAGUUAACUCUUGUCUAUGCAGCUUCUGGCAAGAGAAAGGUGCCUCCUCAGAGGAGUACAUUCCUGGUGAAACAGGCGAAGAAGGCUUCUUCCCAUGAGAACAGUGCUCAGUACAGGGCCAACCGCCCAAGAGGCCCAGGUGAUAAUAGAGAAGGUUGUAAUUCUGGUUUUCCGAAGUGUUUGUAAAUUCAGUGUCCAUUUUAGUCUCUGAAUAACCUGAUUUGCAAACUUUGAGUAGAGAUAUUUCCAACUUUGAAAUCUCGGAUGUAAUUUUGUGGAAAUCACUUGCCAAAAUUGUCAACAACCCACUCUCACACCAUCAAUUCCAGCCUAACCUUACAGCUUAUGGCAAAAGGGAAUUAUCACCCAAUUAAAGAAAACAGAGCGGAAGAAAAGCUGACUCAAAAGAAGAAAGCUGGGGUCCAUGUAUAGGUUACAGCCCUCAGCCCUCAGACUGUUACCAAAUUAUGUAUAUCUGCAGUCUUAGCCCAUUAAUCAUAUUUCCUUUCAUGCAGGGCUCUAAUUUGUUCUCCAUUUGCUGACCAAUAGAAUGAAUGGCAAUUUUUGCCUAUGCUAAUAUACCUUUCCUAAAGAAACAUGUUACAGCCACAAGCUGUCAUAGUUGGAAAGUGCCCCAGAUCAUAGGGUUAAAAGGAAGGGUAGAGAAACAAAUAAACAGACUGGGAGAGGGGUGCAUGGUGUGAUACUCUUCCUGUAGUCAUCUGCGCAGUGAUAGCAGGUUGAAUCCUCCUCUCUCCAGUCUGGUGAUAUGUGUCUCUAGACCACAUGUAGGAGAUAUGUGAGGGAGGAGGGAGGAGGGAGGAGGAGGAGAGAAAGGGAAAUUCUUGUGUGAACAAAAGUCUGUUUACAUACCAUUGGAGAUAGGUUGUAAUAUUCUGUCUCCUGUCUGAGCAGAAACAUCACCUAAUCUCUGCUAUAUCCUUAAAAGCUUUGUCUAGAAAGCAGGCUUCAGGUUAACAGUGUUUGGCCUCCAGAUUGUACCUGAGAAAAUGAGUGAAGGGCAGAUAAGACCACAGCAGUAUCUUCUGCUGAAUCAAGUUUGACAGUACUAUCCUCGGAGUUCAGAGCUGCUUUUUCGUGCAGGCUUUGCUUCAGUGGAAUUGGGGUGGGAUAUCUCAGAAUGUGAGAGAACAACACUGUUUCAGCCCUGAGAUUCCCAAGAUGGCCACAUCCACUUCCUCAUGACACCAUUAUUUGUACAGGUUCUGUAGAAAUUUUAUUUUUCAUAUUCAGAAAAGUUGAAAUGCCUCGCCUACAGUGUAGGUUAUUUCUAGUAAUUAAUUGAAGCUUAGAUUUGUUGGCUACUUUGCUUUGCCCACCAUUCAAAUGCAUCCCUCCCAAUUUCUUGUUGUUCCUGUCUCAACUGGAGGCUAGAUGUCAUAAUGGUUAUCUUAAAUGUGGAUGUGGCAGCUGUAAGCAUUGAUGCCCACUCCAAGUUCUUCAGCCAAAAAGUUGUUUUCUUUCCUGUACUUUUCCUAUUAAUUUUUUUAACACACAUGAUCAGUUGUAGCAAUCUGUAUUUUCCAUUUCUUGUUAUGUGUCCAAAGUAUUCUAGCUCUCCCCAUUUGAUGUGUUAUGCUGCUUCUUUGGUCACCCUGUUCAGUAAAGAAAUUCAUAGCAUCCAGCGAUAAAUCCACAUUGCAGGUGCUUUUUUAAAAAUAGUAGCCUAUAUUAAAAUCCACAAUUUCAUGCUGUACAAUAAUGCACAGCAUUAAUAAAUGGGCACUGAAAAACAAUUUUAAGCUUUUGUUGCACAGCACAUUUUUCAUUUUUUGACAAAUGUGAAGUGCCAACUCUGUCCUGACUAAUAUUGUGUGGUUAUAAUUCCACACCUCAUUGCUCAUAAGACUUCCAUGAUGUCGUCUAGCAUUUGUACAAAUACUUUCCCAUUGAAAUACCUCUUUUAAUGUCUCUCUUACAAUGGCUCUCCUGUGAGCUGAGCACUAUUAUUGAGAACCUGAACGCUUAAAUUUGCUGGACACCUUUGAUUCAUCUUCUCUGCCCACCAUUAUAAUGCCCCACCUCCAAAAUUCAGCCUUUGGGUGGGUUGAAAGCAUUUAUCUACUCUUUCCAGUAGAUUUCUGCAAGUUACAAUUGCCUUAUCGCUAAAAAGAUUGUAAAGCACAACAGAUGUAUAAGAUAUUCUGUCUAAAGAAAUACAUAAUGAAAGGAGAGAGACCCUAAGUGUUGUAUGGUUCAGGAUCACAUUUUAAAACCUACUCAUGCUGCAGUUGUGCACAUUGCCAAGUUGUCCAUGGGAAUAAAGUGAUUUCUUCUUGAGGCUGUGAAAAUAAUUUGUGUUUUUUCCUGAAAAAAGUACAUGAAAUUCCUUUUUGAAGGCAUUUUCUUGCCAUGCCCUUGUAUGUAAACUUGGCCUCACCCGGAUUGUGGAAGAAAAAGGUGCAAGUGUGAGGAAAAAGGAAUCAGAUUGCAGGGUGAGGCAGUAGCCGAAGCCAGGAUCUGAAAUGAUGGUAUGAUGCCAGGACCAUCCAGUUUUCCAAAGUUAGUUAUAAUAGUUCCAUCUUUGCCCACUCAGUCCCUCCAUCCAGUAAGCAUGUAACAGUAAAAUAGCUUUCUUCUGCAUGAAAUAGUGAAACUUCUAAAUUCUAUCAGCAGGUAUAAGAAUUAAAAGGUAGCUAGUGUAGCUCAGUGAGUGAGAUAUCUGGCUGUGGAGCCAGAGUUUGAGAGUUUGAUUCCCCACUGUGUUUCCUGUGAGAAAACCCAUUCUGUGUGGCCUUGGGAAAGCUGCGCAGUACCAGGGCACCCGCCCCCCC